UAGAACGACAUACAUCAAUAGAUAUGAGACGCUGAGUUCCUCUAUAUAUGCACUUCGGGUACUAAACCCGUAAACCCCGAAAAUAAAAAGUCUGAGAGAUGUCUAGUAAAAAGCAAGCGACAGAAGAAGAAGAGCCAGUUAGUCCAUUUGCACAGCUAUUCAGCAUGCCGGGUCACGAUGUCUUUAACAUUGUAACAAUUGGAUGCAAAACCGAAACCGAUCCAUCCACCGUUAUUGAAGGCUUGAAGAACACACUGAUUAACCAUCCACGCUUCUCUAGCAUACUGGUUACGGGUCAUGGUGAGGGCAAAGGAAAACCUAAAUGGAUUCCAACGAAAGUAAAAGUGGAAGAUCAUGUAAUUGUUCCAUAUAUCGAUCCAGACAUUGAGAAUCCUGAUGAAUUUCUAGAGAAUUAUACAUCAAACAUGGCUCUUUCUCCAAUGGACAUGUCCAAACCUUUAUGGGAAUUUCAUCUAUUGAAACUUAAAACAUCACAUGCGGAAUCUGUUGCUGUGGCUAGGUUCCAUCAUUCUUUAGGUGAUGGGAUGUCUCUUAUGUCUCUUUUACUUGCUUGUACUCGGAAAAUAUGUGAUCCCGAGGCACUUCCUAUUUUUGUUGCUCCCAAGAAAAGCAAAGCAAAGAACGCUUGUUGGUCGUUUGUUGCUUGGUUAUGGUUCUUAGUAAAAACAAUGUUCCACACUUGUGUUGAAGUUUCCAAGGCUUUGGCUUUUAUGUGUUUCCCUGGGGACACCACAACUUAUCUAACUGUUAAACCAGGAGCUACACUUAGCGCAAAUAAGUUUAUUCAUCAAAUCAUUCCUUUGGAUGAUGUCAAAAACGUGAAGAACGCCAUGAAUAUGACGGUGAAUGAUGUGCUUUUUGGAAUGGUACAAGCUGGUCUGUCACGAUAUUUGAAUCAAAGAGACGGUCUUAAUGAAACAACUUCAGACCCAAGAAAAGCUCUAGACAAAAUAUGUCAUCACGGGGUUGUUUUUUUCAACCUAAGGCCCAAUAGAGAUAUUGAGGAUUUAGCUAAUAUGAUGGCAAAAGGUUCAAAGUGCAGAUGGGGAAACUCAAUAGGUUAUGUACUAAUUCCUUUGUGGUUGAAGUCAGAGGAUGAUAUACUUGAAUAUGUUAGACAAGCCAAAACUACUAUGGAUCGUAAAAAACUUUCCCUCGAACCUCUAUUUUCUUAUGGGUUGCUGAAAUUGACCAUGAAGAUUUUUGGAACUACAGCAGUCAAAAACCUUCUAAAUAGAAUUUUUGGUAACACAACAAUGUUGUUCUCAAAUGUGAUUGGUCCAGCCGAAGAAAUUAGCUUUUUCGGCCAUCAAAUAUCUUACAUCGCUGCAAGUAGCCUUGGUAUACCACAGGCACUCAUUCUCAUUAUACAGAGCUAUGUGGACAAACUUAUAAUCAACCUAGCAGUUGAUCUCGACGUGAUUCCAGACCCUCAUCACCUUUGUGAUCUCAUCAUCGAAGCCCUCAGCAUGAUGAAGUAUGCUGCCUCAAAAAAGAUUUGCCAUGCUUCAGAGGUUAAGCAAAAUAUUUGGUGCUAAAAAUAAAGAACAAUUAAUUACUUUCAGUAAUGUGUUACAACGCAUUCGGAGUUUAUCAUCUUUUUAUGUAAUGUACUCGUGUGUUUGAAUGACAGAUUAAUAAAGUUUGAAGGUAUAUUCC